GUUUCGUGAGAGGAAAAAAAAGUGCGACUUUCUUUCAUUUUGGGAACCACACUUGCAUCAUGCUUUUUUUGUAAUCGGAGGGUUCUUGCUAGAUGGGAUUGGGUUUCUUUUUCUUCUUUUUCCUUCAAUGUAUAUAUCUCUGGAGGAGGGAGGGAGGUGUGAGGUCUUCAGGUUCGUCCGGAUCCCAUCUUUCUUGUCUUGUCUUGUCUUGUCUUGUGUUUUUUUUCUCUUUUUCUUCCUAAAUGUUUCCUUUGCAUCGGGCCGGGGAGGGGCUUGGGGGCUUUUCCAAAAUGUUUUUUCUUUUUUUCUUUGUUUCGUUUCCUCCAUUCAUAUCAUCAUAUCAAAGGCGCGACAAGGCGUAUGGAACUGUGCUUGCUUGCUUGCUGGGCUUGGAUUGUGUUGGGCUUGUGUUAGGUGGGAAGGGGGCAUCGUCAUCCUUUCUGUGGCCUUUUCACACUUUUCCUUCACACUUUUCAUUCACCUUUAACUACCUCUGGAGCUGGAGCAUACUUUACUUUACUUUGCUCUAUGCUCUAUGCUCUAUGCUCUAUGCUCUAUGCUCUAUGCUCUAUGCUCUAUGCUCUAUGCUCUAUGCUCUAUGCUCUAUGCUCUAUGCUCUAUGCUCUAUGCUCUAUGGAAGUUGGAAGUUUACAUCUUUUGACUCAUGUAUGGACGGCUCUGGGCUGCAAAGUCAUCGAGGUCGAGGGCGAGGGUCUGGGUCUGGGCGUGGGCAGUUGGUGGGAGCGAGGGUGGGGGUUGAAGGGGGGUGAAUAUGCAUAUUCCAGUGCACUCUGCAAUGUAUCCUUCACUCAUCGCAUCUCACGUGGAUUGUUAUACUAAUCAGUAUUUGGAGCUUGGAGCUUGAAGCUUGGGGGAUUGGGGGCGAUGGGGGAUUUAAUGUGAAGGCCAAGGCUCUCGGAGGCGGCGGGGAUGUGUUUUCAGCGACGUUCGGACCGCUUUUUUGGCGUGCCGGGUGAUUUGCUUUGAUUGAAG